AUGUUUUCAAUUAUCAACAGUCUGCCUGCUGGCUUGUUGCCCAAGUGGAUGUUCAUUGUUGGCCUUACGGCCGUGUUCAACACUGUGCAGUCCUUCCUUACACCCAAGUUGACGAAGAGAGUGUAUAGUAACACGAACGAGGUGAAUGGUUUGCAAGGCAGAACUUUCGGUAUCUGGACACUUACGAGUGCCGUCGUUCGCUUGUAUGGUGCUUUCCAUUUGAACGAUCCUCAUGUGUACUUCUUGUGCCAAGCUACUUACUACAUUGCUUGUCUCCACUUUUUGCUUGAAUGGAUGGCCUUCCGCACAACUGCUAUGGGACCUGGUUUAGCAAGCCCCAUUAUCGUGUCGACCAUGAGUAUUGUCUGGAUGGCCCUGCAGAAGGAUGCGUAUGUGGGCAAGCUUGCUUCCUAUUAG